AUGCAUUGCUUGCUGCUCGCCCUCGCCGUCGUCGCCGUGUCGGCUGGCCCGGGGCACAGCCACGGGGACGGCCCGUGGGAGUGGGGCGGCGUCUACCGCCUGCUCGCCGGCGACUACACGUGGACAUUCAGCAAGAAUGCCGCCGGCAUCUAUGGCGCGCCCGACGAGAGCAUGCGGGUCGUGGUGCUGCGCGGUGGGCCGGCGUCGGACGCGCUCGACGAUUUGCGGCCGGCGGCCGAGGCUCUGCUCCAGCUCUCGCAGUGCACCUUGCUCGAUGGCGGCGGCGAGAUCGGGGCCGCCGACACCUGCUUCGAGUUGCGGUUCAACCAGUCGCUGCCGGCCACGUCGUGGACGGUACGGACGGCGAUCGCCGGCAAUCUGGCGAUCUACACAGAGCACCUGCCGAUGGAGUUUAGCGCGCGCCUGGCCUCGACGAGCACCGGGGUCGAGGUCCAGCCAGAGGCAGCCGUGCUUUACAACGCGAUGCACGGGGAGGCGGCCGACCCGGAGACGGACCACGACCACGACCACGCGCACGAGGAGGUGGCCGACCACGCGCACGAGGAGGUGGCCGACCACGCCCACGACCACGCGCACGAGGAGGUGGCCGACCACGCGCACGAGGAGGUGGCCGACCACGCCCACGACCACGCGCACGAGGAGGUGGCCGACCACGCGCACGAGGAGGUGGCCGACCACGCCCACGACCACGCGCACGAGGAGGUGGCCGACCACGCGCACGAGGAGGUGGCCGACCACGACCACGGCGAGCACGAUCACGAUGCUACCUCCGUUGCGACCGCCGGACUCGUCAUCAGCGUCCUGGCGCUCACGGUUGCGACGGCGGGCUUGUGCCUCACGAUGUCUCUUCGGCAGAGGCACGCGGCGCAGCCAAUGAUGUCGGAAGCGGCGACGAUGCGGCGCCACUCUGCCAGCUUUGGCGCCGGCGGCGACGCGGCGCAGAGCAAAGGCGAGCGAGGCAUGCAGGUAUGA